AUGCGCGCCGAAAUACAACGAUGCCGAGCGGCUCUGCGGGUGCAAACCAUUAUGACACUGCCGUCUCCCCUGCCUGCGUCAGACAGCCGGCGGCGGGAGAUGGGGAACACGUCAGAUAUCUACAGAUAUCUACGGCCGAUUCCGCUCCGAGCGGCUUUCGAAUCGGCUAAUGAAGAAAUUGCGCCGGCGACCGGCGACCGGCCG